UGGAAGGUGCCGCUGGGGGCAAAAAAACACCAUUGAGCGUGUGUGUGUGUGUACUGUAUGUGUGAGUGUGUGUGUGUGUGAGAGAGAGAGAGAGAUCUACAAGUAGAAAGAAAGACAUAGAUAAAGACAUUUAUUCUUGAACCACAAUUGUGAAGAUAACUUACCAAAUCAAUUUUGUUCUCUCCAGAUCACAGAAACAGACCAGUGUCUCCAGUGCCCAGCUGUGUGUCUAUGAAGAGUGACCAGUCCAUGGAUCAGCCUCCCAAACUCAGCAGUGGACCGCCCCAAUCAGAUAUGAAAUCACAGAAACACAGACCAGUGUCUCCAGUGCCCAGCUGUGUGUCCAUGAAGAGUGACCAGUCCAUGGAUCAGCCUCCCAAACUCAGCAGUGGACCACCCCACUCAGAUAUAAAAUCACAGAAACACAGACCAGUGUCUCCAGUGCCCAGCUGUGUGUCCAUGAAGAGUGACCAGUCCAUGGAUCAGCCUCCCAAACUCAGCAGUGGACCGCCCCAAUCAGAUAUGAAAUCACAGAAACACAGACCAGUGUCUCCAGUGCCCAGCUGUGUGUCUAUGAAGAGUGACCAGUCCAUGGAUCAGCCUCCCAAACUCAGCAGUGGACCACCCCACUCAGAUAUAAAUGUUGGGAGGAUUCAUUUAACUGAGCCUGCUCCAGUCAACAGGGCUGAAUUAACAGACACACAUGUCCUGAAGAGAGCACUGAUGACCCAUAAAGCCAGUAUGAAGGGGAGGUUUGAGACCAUAUGUGAAGGCUUUAUAAGGUCAGGGACUCAAACACUCCUGAACAAGAUCUACACAGAGCUCUACAUCACAGAGGGAGAGAGUGAAGGGGUGAACAGUGAACAUGAAGUUUGGCAGGUAGAAUCUGCAUCCAGACCACAAUCUACAGAAGACGUUGCAAUCAACUGCAAUGACAUUUUCAAGCCCUUACCUGGACAGAAGAGAUACAUCCGAAGUGUCAUGACCAAGGGGAUCGCUGGCAUUGGAAAAACUGUCUCAGUGCAGAAGUUCAUCCUUGACUGGGCAGAGGAGAGAGCUAACCAGGAUGUAGAUUUCAUGUUUGUGCUUCCAUUCCGUGAGCUGAAUUUAGUCAGAGAUGAUCAGUACAGUCUUCACAGGCUCCUGCUUGACUUCCACCCUGAGCUUAGGGAGCUACAGGAUGGUGAAUACAAAGACUGCCACAUUGUGUUCAUCUUUGAUGGUCUGGAUGAGAGUCGACUUCCUCUGAAUUUCCAAGAGAACCAUGAGUUAUCUGAUGUGACACAAACAUCAUCAGUAGACGUGCUGAUGACAAGUCUCAUUCAGGGAACUCUGCUUCCCUCGGCUCUCAUCUGGAUAACCUCCCGACCAGCAGCAGCCAGUCAGAUCCCUUCUCAAUGCAUUAGUCAGGUGACAGAAGUACGAGGGUUCAAUGACCCACAGAAGGAAGAGUACUUCAGGAAGAGGAUCAGUGACCAGAAUCAAGCCAACAGAAUCAUCUCGCACAUUAAGGCAUCCAGGAGUCUUCACAUUAUGUGCCACAUGCCAGUCUUCUGUUGGAUCUCAGCCACUGUCCUUCAGCAGAUACUGGAACAAGAUGAUGGGAAGGAAGCCCCUAAAACUCUGACUGAGAUGUUCAUACACUUCCUGCUCAUCCAGACCACCAGGAAGAACCAGAAGUAUCAAGAGGAAAGUGAGACAGAUAGACAGAAGCUCCUGGAAUCUCAUAAGGGUGUCAUAUUGAAACUGGCGGAGCUUGCUUACAAGCAUCUAGAGAAUGGCAAUCUCAUGUUCUAUGAGGAAGACCUAAGAGAGUGUGGUAUUGAUGUCAGUGAAGCGUCAAUGUUCUCUGGCAUGUGCACUGAGAUCUUUAGGGAAGAAUGUGUGUUUCACCAGAAGAAUGUCUACUGCUUUGUGCAUCUGAGCAUCCAGGAGUUUCUUGCUGCUCUUCAUUUGUUUGCCUCCUACUUGAGUAAGAACAUGGAGGUCUUGAAACCAUUUCUUAGUAGAAGGUCCAGGUCUUUGCCCAAUGUACCCCUAGAUGAGCUGCUGAAGAAUGCAGUGAACAAAGCACUGGAAAGCAAGAAUGGACACCUUGAUUUGUUUGUUCGUUUCCUUCAUGGCAUUUGUCUGGAGUCAAAUCAGAGACUUUUACUUGGCCUCUUGAGCCACACACACAACAGCCCAGAGAGUGUGAGGAAAACAAUCAAGAACCUGAAGUUGAUGCAGAGACCAAAUAUCUCACCCGAGAGGUGGAUCAAUCUAUUCCACUGCUUGGUGGAAAUGCACGACUCCUCUGUUCAUGAUGAAAUCCAGGCUUUCCUGAAGGCAGAGAAAGGUGCUGUGAAACAGCUCUCACUGGUUCACUGUUCAGCCUUGGCUCAUGUGCUUCUGAUGUCUGAUGAGGUGCUGGAUGAGUUUGACCUGAACAAAUACAAAACCUCUCCAGAACGUGCCAAGAGACUGCUUCCAGCCAUGAGAUGUUGCAGAAAGGCUCUACUUUCUGGCUGUAAGCUAACAGAGACGUCUUGUGAGAUUGUGGCCUCGGUUCUGCAGUAUGCAGACUCCUCCUUAAGAGAGCUGGACCUGAGUCAAAAUGACCUGCAGACGUCAGGAGAAAAGCUGCUGUCUGCUCUACAGAGUCCAAACUGCUGUCUGGAGACUCUUAGACUUGUCGGUUGUAAGCUCACAGAGGACACUGGAGCUCAUCUUCUCACUGCCGGACUCAGUAGCCCUAACUGUAAACUGCAGACUUUAAGCCUUGCUGGCUCUAAGCUCACAGAUAAAUCCUGUAAAGUUGCUGCCCCUGCUGUGCAGUCCGCAAUCUCCCUAAAGGAACUGGACCUGAGUCACAAUGACCUGCACGAGUUUGGAUUUCAAUGUCUCACUGCAGGACUUAGUAGCCCCAACUGUAUGCUGACAAGUUUAAGGCUCAAUCUGUGCCACCUCUCUAAAUCAAGCUGUGAAAUUAUGGCAUCCGUGCUGCAAAGUGCACCUUCCCAUCUGAGAGAACUGGACAUGAGUGACAAUGACCUGCAUGAUGAAGGAGUGGAGCUGCUCUGUGUGGGACUAAGAGAUCCACAGUGCAAGUUGGAGACACUGAGACUUUCUGGUUGUCUCAUCACACACGAGGGCUGUUCUCUCUUGUCCUCUGCCCUCAAAUCAAACCCCUCCUACCUGAAACAGCUGGAUCUGAGCUACAAUCAGCCAGGAGACUCGGGUGUCAGAGAGCUCACAGACAGACGGGAUGAUCCCAACUGUAAUCUACAGAUUUUGAGGUGUGACCAUGGAGGAGAGUGCAGGAUUAAACCAGGACUGAGAAAAUAUGCCUGUGAACUCACACUGGACCCAAACACAGCACACAGAAUUCUCUCUCUCUCUGAGGGGAACAGAGAGGUGACAUAUGUGAGGGAGGAGCAGCCGUAUCCUGACCACCCAGAGAGAUUUGACUACUGUUAUCAGGUGCUGUGUAGAGAGGGUCUGUCUGGAUGCUCCUACUGGGAGGCUGAGUGGAGAGGUGAUGGGGCCGAAGUAGCAGUGGCCUAUAAGAGCAUCCAGAGAAAAGGGAAGGGUGAUGACUGUGGGUUUGGACAUAAUGACAAGUCCUGGAGACUGAGAUACUCUGGUAACAGUUACUCUGCCUGGCACAAUAAUAAUAAGAUUGCCAUACCUGACCCCUCCUCCCACUCCAGCAGAGUAGGAGUGUACCUGAACUGGCCAGCAGACAUUCUGUCCUUCUACAGUGUUUCCUCUGACACACUCACCCACCUGCACACGUUCCACUCCACAUUUAGUGAACCCCUCUACCCUGGAUUUAGGUUUGGAUAUUAUGACUCCUCAGUGUCCCUGUGCCAGAUCACAUGACCUCCUAAUCCUGCAGGAGAGGAGAGCCACACACUCCUGUUUCUCUCUGUCUCUCUGUCUCUCUCUGUCUCUCUCUCUCUCUCUCUCUUUCUCUCUCACUGUGUGUUUCUUGUCUUGUCACGGCUAUAGCAUCAUCUUUCCUCUGUUGUCCUUUCUCCAUUUCACACACACACACACACACACACACACACACACACACACACACACACUAACACACACACACACACACACACACACACACACACACACACACACACACACACACACACUUACUUAAAGGUGCUAUGUGGUAUUUUUUUUUUUUUUAAAUAUCCAAAAAUGUCCUCAAAAUAGCAACAGAAUGUGAGGAAACCAUCUUGACUUUAUGUUAAAAACACACUUUCUCUGUGCUAUUGGAAUGCACAUAUGCAUGCCUGCAGAGAACCUUUUUCGACUGAAUACAUGUGACGAGUUCAUUCAUUACCCAAUUUCUCUAACCUAAAUGUCAUAUGCAGCUCAACAUCCUGAAACCCGUUAAGAUUACUUUAUUAUGUCCCAAGGGAAAUUUGUUGUGGACAAACAGGCUGCUACAUCACUUAUAACUUAACACCAGUUGCAGUGGAGUUCCAUUUAAUAAACAGCCAUUCCUUUCAUAACACAAUGUGUGCCUUCUCUGAACUAAAAAAAAGUUAGUGUGGUUGUGCAUCAAUUAUGGGAACCAUUGAUAGCCUUUUGAUCUUUUUGUUUCCCCUUCCAUUCAAAGACGUACUGUAUGUUAGUGCCACAUAUAGGGCACUACUGUAUGUUGACAUACUGCUCUCUAGUGGUGAUAUAGCCUACAGCUUUUCUGUUACCAGAAAAUAACUUCAUAAAAAAAAAGUGGAUAGUGAAGUGAGUAUAAUGUUGCAUCUAUGGAGACAGAACAUGGUUUAGCACAAUGGAGGUUUUGAGUUCAGUGCAAUAGGACCCACUUUCAUCCAAUUGAGACUGUUGACGUUCAUCAAUCAUGUGGCAC